UUACGUGGCGACCUUUCAACUCCCGUAUUAUUCGUUCGCGUUUGGAGACGUGGUAGUGUUUUCGUCCAGUCCACGCAGUUUUCAAGUGUGCACUCUGGGCUCCUGUAGCCAGAGGUUGGAUACUUAAUAUGUGCAAUGGCCUACAAGCAUCGCGAGGAGAUUGUGGGCAAACGAUUUCUGUGUGUUAAUAGUGCGGGCAAAGGCAAACUUUCCAAGGCAUCAGAUUUGGAUUGGAGGGCUGGAAUAAUCCGUGCAGCGUCACAUAAGGAUCCUAAACACCCCGAGCUUUCCGUUCUGGUUGAGUUUGACAACGCCGACUGGAAGCGGCGCGAGUGGAUCCGUGUGUACGAGGACCCCUUCGCGGCGUUUCUCGUUGAGGAGACCCUGACGUGGCAUGUGCGCAACUCCGAUGAAUCGCCGAGUCCCGCACUGAAAUUCAUCAGCUUCAUUGAUCGAGUUGGCGUGUGGGAUCAACUGCUGAAGCCCGUUGAGUACCUGACCGAUCGCUUCCUGAGAUUCGUGGACUACUCUGAGCUGCGAUUUUAUCAGGAGCGCGACGUGGACGUGGAGAAGUGCUGUGUGGAACAGAGCGACAUCCGGCGGCUGGUCAAACACUGGGUGGAGUUCCAGGACAGCCAGCGAAUCCUGGUCACUACUCCGUCGGUGCUGGUCGGCUACCGCGUCAAGGUCUACCGCGCCGAGGGCACUACGCAGUGGUACACUGCCGUCAUUGUAUCCUACAACGACAACACACGGGAGCUUACCGUCACAGACGACACCGUGCUUGAGGAGCACAAUGAGGACCCGUGCCUGGUGCAGAUGAGACUGAUUGGAGACGGUGUAGUCGAGUCCAUUCUGAAGGGAGAGAACGUCGGGAUUACGCCUCGCCGCAGAACGUGCACGCUCAACAGCCCGCACAAAGUCAGCCAUUGUGUGACUCGAAGUCGGUAUCACGUCAGCCCGGCGUCCAGUCAGAGUUCUUGCCCAGCUACAACUUCGUCGGCGAGUAGCCCCCGACGCGGGCGCAACAAACCCGAGCCCACUCCGGAACCAGCGCCCCAGGAGGACGCCAAAGUUGACAGACGGCGCAAAUUCGGCUCCAAGAAGUGUACUCGUGAGGAAGAGCUCCGAAAAAAGAGUCCCAGCCCGGCACCCAGUGCCAUUACUGCAGUUAGCCACAGCACUGGGGCAGACGUAGAGGCCGAGCCACCUCCUUCGAUCAAAGAGGAAAGCCCUCCACCCAACCCUCUACCUGCAGUGAGUGCAGUGCCAACUACACCACCUAGCAGUAGUGAGCAGCCAGCUGCGACUAGCGAGACUCGUGGUUGUGACGACACUCAACCACAGCAGCACACCGUUGAUGAUGCAGCGUGUGUGAGGGCACCCAAGGCAGCUCCUGCCGAGCGCCCUCAUGAAGAGGGUGUCCCUGGCACGGGCUCGCCGCCGGCCACGAUGCGCAGCAGUGCAGGACCCGUAAAAAGCGAGCCCAGCGCGCGACCCUCUGACGGCCGCGCCUACCGUGACUCGCCUGGCCUCGCCGCGCAUCUGGACACGCUGCAGCAGCAGCAGCAGCAGCACGCCCGGCUCAUGCAGCAGCAACAGCAGCAGCAGCAGCAGCAGCCGCCGCCACCACCGCAGCAGCAGCAACAACCGCCUGCAGGCCUGUACCCACCGCGUCCUGGGGUGCAGCAGCCUGGUGGUGCACGGCCACUUGUCUACGGGCUGCAGUCUAGCUCGGGCGUACUGGGGCAUGUAGACCCGCUCAGUAGCCCACUGGCCUACCAGCAGUUGCUGAUGGCCAAUGCUCCGGGCCCAUAUGUGGACAUGCUUUGGGGCCAGAAGAUGGCUGGCUUACCACCACCCACCCAAACUGCCUGGACCAUGGCACAGCUGCAGGAGGCACGUGUAAGCCAGGAGAGGCAGAACAUGCUUGAAAGGGAGCGGAGAGAAGAGGAGGAGAAACGGGAGCGUGAGAAGUCGGAAAUGCUGGAGCGUGAAAAGGCAGAGAAAGAAAGGCAGGAGCGUCAUAAAAAGGAAGAGCAGGAGCGAGUUCAACGCGAAGCUGUGCAACAGCAUUUUGAGGAGUCUCUACGUUUGGCUAGUCAAAAGACAUAUGGCAGAAUGAUGUCUGUGGCUCAAAAUCCACAUCAAAAUCAUCUAGAUACUCCCAAGACAGGUUGCAUCAGGGCAGGCUGGAGCCCUAUCGCCAGUUUACCCUACUCAAAGGCUGCAGUGAACACAUCUAGCAGCUCUGUAAUUACACAACCUGACAAGCAACGGGAAAAACAAGAGUUGGAGCACCAUGAAAAGUAUCCCGUAGACUCUCGCUUGCGACAAGUCACAGACCAGGAACGUUGGUUGUCUAUAGUCCAGCAUCAACAAAGGUUGGAACAGCAGGGGCAGGCUUCUACACAUCACCGGAUCUCUCAUAAUGAACAGGUGAAGCCAAAGCUGGAGAUCCCUGCCCGAUCAUCACCAAAGACAAAUCAAAUGCUUCCUGGUUCUAGCCUGUCACAGAAGGUGGGCAGUUCAGCUGUUCCAUCAACUUCAUCAGUCACAGUGGCCACCUCGAAGGGGGAGCCUAGCUUCAACCUCUACGGUUACCAGCCAUUUCCGCAGAUGUACAUAACUCAAGCUCAGCUCAAAGCCAGAGAGGAAUCCAAGUCGCAUCAUAGUCAACCCAUUGUGAAUCGCCAGCCCCAUGUUUCUUCACCUUCUCACUUGCCACGAAUAGAAAAGGACCUCCGCUUUGACCGUUCAACAACACCUGGCGGUCAGAGAGGAAGCCCGAAGCCUCCAGUUAAAGAUCGUGUCAGCCCAGCAAUGUCCUCGCCAGGAACUUUCCGACCAUAUGAGUACAACUCUGCAGGCCCAGCACCAGCACAUCAAGGCUCCCUCUCGAGGUGCUCUGCAAGCUUUCCUCAAGAGGAAGCACAGAAUCUUGUCAAGUGCUCGCGCUCCCGUCAAGACUCUCCACUUAGCACACCAUCCCCUGGUACAGGCAGCUACAGCAGCAGCAGUAGCAACAGCAGCCAAUCUGCUAAGGUGUCGCAGCCCUAUCCAUACAACUUGAUUCAACAAGGCCUAGUACCUAACCCUAUAUACACACCAGCUACCCCAACUACACAAGGUUCCAAGCUGCUCCCACCAGGUGUCUUGCAGUCUUCCCCAACAGGCCAAUCUUCUCCACAAAGUUCGGCACAGUACCUGCGUUCAGUGCCGGGCAUCACCACAGGCACUCCAGUCUGUCGGCCUGGUCAGCAUCAGGAGCCCAAGCUUUCUUAUGGCUCCAUGCAUGGACGUCCCCUUCCUCAGUCACGGUCACCAUCCAUGCAUCUGCCACCAACCAGUUCCACGCCUCCUCGGUUGACACCACCAUUGCCACAGCCCCUGAACCUUCAGCAAGGUGCCCUGUCCCCAGGCAAACGCAAAGCUGCACGUGAGCCUGAGCCAGCCAAAUUGCCACGACUUGAAGAGAGCCCGUCACCUGUUCAGUGUUCAGUGCCUGCACCGGUGGCUACUCCACCAGCAGGGGCCAUAGCUCCAGAAGCCGCUGCUUCUCUAGUUACAUUGGCUGCUACAACAGCUGGGCAGUUAACAGCAGCAGCUCCUGUCAUUUCCCCCCAGCAAGAUACCUUUCGGCCUUUUUCUGCUGUGACACCACAACAGCAGCAAGUGCCAUCCCUUCAGCAGCAGCAGCCACCACCACCACCAUCCUCUUCUCAGCAGCCACCAACGUCACAGCCUUCCUCGCUGCAGCAAUCCACAACCAGUCAAGACAGCUAUCAGGCAUUCUAUAAGAAGGGCAGACCAAAGGCCAGGCCUCCAAAUGCUCCGUCUCCUGCCUCUGGUGAGGACAGCAAGCCUGGAAGCAUAGGUGGCGGCUCAUCCAUUGUGCACGAGUCUGAUUCUGACACACGAGUUACUCCAAGUCCAGCACCAAGUACUUGCACGACAAUCAGUAACAGCAGCAGUAAUCACACGAAGCUGAAAAAGGCUUGGUUACAACGGCAUUCUGAAAUAGAAGAUAAGAAACCCCAUGAUGGAGAGGUACGGUUGGAUGCCAACAGUGCAUGUGCCUCACCAGCGAAGCAAGAACCAGCAGCGAUCAAGACGACCAUUAAUGGCCACGACACUGAGGCAGGUGGCUCCAUGAGGGAUGACUGCAGUUCCAGCUCUGCGUCGGAGGCUGAAAAACCAGCAGUGAGCCGUAAGACGAGGAUCACUAGAAAGCGAGGAGUUCCAAACAGGGACAAGUCCGGUAGCAAAAGGCAGAGGGGAAACAGUGAAAGCAACAGUGACGCAGCUCCUGAAGAAACAUCCCCAAAGAAGGAAGAAAAGCAAGAAAUUAUGUCCCGAAGACGAGGCCGGAGGCCCAAGGGCAUGAAGCAUGAUACUGCUGAUGAAUUGGCCUCAGUGCCUCGGAAAAAGCAAGCACGAUCAGCAGAAAAGCCAACCAUAGCUCAGCUUAAAAAGUCGGGCAAGCCAUUUCUUCAGGAUGCAUCUUGUUAUGAUGUUGCUCCAAAACUCCCGAAGUGUAGAGAAUGCAGGAUGACACCAAACCAGAGGAACAAGAAAAUGCCAAACAUCUUCUGCCGUUUCUAUGCAUUCAGAAAGCUACGCUUUGGCAAGAACGGCACUGUUCUUAAUGGUGGCUUCUCAGAACCUAGUGAUGCUUCAGAAGAAGAUUUGAAGUUGUGGCUGCCUCCAUUGGAUCAUACACCCAAAGACUUGGAUGUGACCACUGCUAAAAUCAUACUGUCCCACGUGGGCGACCAGUUUUGUGAUCUCGUGGAGCAAGAGCGGGAAGCCCAGUCUCUACACAUGGGUGAAGAUAAGACCAUUUCGUGGAAGCGCGUUGUGCAAGGUGUGCGUGAAAUGUGUGACGUCUGUGAGACUACUCUCUUCAACAUUCACUGGGUGUGUCACAAGUGUGGCUUUGUGGUGUGUAUAGACUGUUACAAGGCAAAGAAGAAUGGUACUGUGAAAGCUGAGGACACGCCCCCGAAGGACAGGGAUGAGUUCCAGUGGCUCCUGUGUGCCAACCGACAGCCACAUGAACAGGACAAAUUGAUGAUGACGCAGAUAAUAGCUAGCACAGCUCUUUGGGACGUCAGCCAGGACCUGCACCGGAUACGCCAUGAGUGGAACAUUCCGAGCUACUGCGGCUGUGGCUUGUGCAACAGUGAUGGUGACUGCAAGAAAAACUCCUCUAAUGGGCUGUGCAAGCAACUCAUGAGUGCAGUCAACAAGUGCUUCUCCUCGGACAAGGAGAGCACUGCAGUCAAUGGCGAGACUGGGCGUGCUGGAAAGCGCAAAAAACAACCUGUGAAUGGCGUCGCCAACACGUCCUCUGAUGAAGUAGGUGGCAGCUAUAGCUCGGACAGCGGAGGCUCUCCCCUGUCGGUCUUGGCAGAUGUAGCGCUGCACUCUUCCAGCAAAAUGGAUGACAAAGGCGACCAACAGCAGCAGAGCGAAGGUGGCGAUGAUGAGAAGGGUGAUGACUUUUCGACACUUCGUGAACUGCUCAUCCGCCCUACUGGUGGCAGUGCAAAGAAGAGUCAGGUGGAUGAAGCAGUGGCAACAACAGUAGAGCAAACGGUGGGCAAGAAGGACGAACAGCAGCUGGUGCAUUUCUGCCGACGCUUCCCCUGCCCUCAAAAGGGCCGUGAAGUCUUGCCUGUGCGUGUCUGCAGCCUUGCCGAGACCUCCUUGCUUUACCCCAAGGUGCCCCAUUCAUGGCUUUGCGAUGGCAAACUGCUCGUUCUUCAUGAACCACGGAACAAGCACAACUUGACAGUUUUUCAGGAGCAGUGGAAGCGAGGCCAGCCUGUGCUCGUUACCGAUGUCUGCAAAAGCUUGAAUAUGUCACUGUGGCACCCUGAUGGUUUCUGCCGAGAUUUUGGUGAAAUCCGGAAUGACUUGGUUAAUUGCCGAAAUGGCAACAUCCUUCCAAACCAGCCCAUGCGUAAAUUUUGGGAAGGCUUUGAGAACUUCAGCAAGCGCAUGAAAGAUGAAGAUGGGGAAUAUAUGCUGCUAAAGCUGAAGGACUGGCCACCUGGUGAUGACUUCAGUGACAUGCUGCCCAGCAGGUUCAACGAUCUCAUGAAGGUGCUGCCACUACCAGAGUACACUCACCGGGAUGGAGUUUUCAACUUGGCUGGGCGACUGCCGGAGUGUUUUGUCAGGCCAGACCUUGGGCCAAAGAUGUACAAUGCCUAUGGUUCUGCACUUUACCCAAACAAAGGAACCACUAACCUACAUUUGGAUGUCAGCGAUGCUGUCAAUGUUAUGGUUUAUGUUGGAAUUCCUAAGGACGGAAAGGACGAAGAACACAUCAAUGCUGCACUGAAAGCAAUUGACGAAGGAGCAUGUGAUUCCCUUACACGAAAGAGGGUCAGAGAAAAGAAUGCCAAACCUGGUGCUCUUUGGCACAUCUACAAUGCCCGUGAUGCUGACAAGAUCAGAGAUCUGCUUAAUAAGGUGGCACUAGAGCGUGGUGAGAAGCUGGAGCCCCACCAUGAUCCCAUCCAUGACCAGAGCUGGUAUCUGGAUCACGAGCUGCGUGAACGCCUUUUCCGUGAAUAUGCUGUCGAGGGCUACGCUGUCGCCCAGUGUCUUGGAGAAGCAGUCUUCAUACCGGCAGGCGCUCCACACCAGGUGCGGAACUUGCACAGCUGUAUAAAGGUGGCUGAAGACUUUGUCUCUCCAGAAAACAUUGCUCACUGCUUCAGCUUGACCAAUGAAUUUCGUCAGUUGUCUGACACUCACACAAAUCACGAGGACAAGCUCCAGAUAAAAAAUGUGAUCUACCAUGCUGUGAAAGACGCUCUGGUGAUUCUUCGGGCAAAUUCUGCUUCAAACCCCAACAAGAAGUGAAAGUGUGUGCCAUAGGCUGAGGAACUCCAAUAAUGUGUUAGACCCUCCUUCCCUUCAAGUGAUCUUUGGCCUGCGCUGCCUUGGACGCAUCUGGCAGGUCUUGACUUGCCCACCGAAAGUGUUGCGCCAUCUCCUGUCUAGACAUUGUUUUUGUACAUUUUUUCCUCUCCUCAUCAGUCUGGCAGUGGCAUGUGUGUGUUCUCCUGUAAUAUAUGCCAUUGAAUUUCAGUUGUUGCUAGUACGCUUCCCUUAUUGUUACUUGAUCCGGGGCCAGCCGUACAUGGUGUUUUGUAAAUCAAUUGGAUCAAGCUUGCGUGCGAUUGUGUGUGAGUGUGCUGAGUGGGCACCAACAGCUGUUAUUUAUGUUGUAGACUUUCCUCUGCCCCCUUCCUUGACAAUGGUCCUGCCUGCUAUGUUCAGCAUUUUUUUCAGAGCAGCAUGCUUUGAGUGAAAAUAAACAGUGCAGUCUUUUUCUGCAGUGUUGCCAUGUAAAAUACUAGUGUUGUACUUAUGUAUACAUAAGAAGGUAUAUAUAUUAUAUAUAUAUAUAUAAGUAUAUAUACAUAUAUUUACUUAUAAAUAUGACAUUGUAGUUGUGAGUAGUGAGCUUCAAUUCUGUCGUUCCUUCUUCUCUUGGCGUUUCUUAUGUUUCUUUGUUUCCAUUGUUUUUUCCACAAUCACCAUCUCAUCGGUAUAGUCAGUUCCAUUGAUUGACAUUAUCUUGUGACUCACAGUAGCACUGAGUUUGUACAUGUACAUAUUUCAUAGCAAUAUUUUUAUAUUGAAAAUGUCAUUGACUGUAAUGCCAGUCUAUAAUGAAAUUCACUGUUUUUAUUUGAAAGUGUAUGGCUGAUGUUAAUGGUUCUUAUUAAAGUGUUCAUUUGAAAGCCUG